AUGGGCCUCCCGUUCUCCGAGCCAGGUUUCCGCCUGCCGGAAGUGACCCUCGUCGGGCUGCCUUCGUCCUCCAUCGGGUACCUGGCCUGGCGCGGGCUGACGGACAGCGAGCGCCUCGCGGUAAACUACCGGGCCUACAGCCUGCAGCUGGAGUACCUGCAGCUGGUGCUGGACGACCUGCAGGCCCUGGGUCUGGGCCGGGGCCCCGGGCAGCUGACCGAGCAGCUCACCUUCACCCAGACCCAGCUCCAGGGCCUGGUGGCCAACCUGCGCUCCCUGCUGGAGGCCCUGGCUCAGCCCCUUCCCACCCUGGGCGAGCCCCUGGACUCCGAGGCCUACGGCUCCUCCGACUUUGAGAGGAAGCUCCGGGGAUACAUCGUCUGCCGCGAGUAUGCCCGCUGGAUCAAGCGGACGCUGAGGGAUCUGACACUCCUCUCCAACAGUUUCCCAGCCUGA